UGAUACGAAGACGAUCAGAUAUUCUUUGCAUACGGGACGGCGAGGACACGCAUCGCGGUUGUACUCCCACGGGAGUUGGUUCUCCGUCUAAUUCUGAUUUAAGUGACAUUCGGCAGAAGCGCGCUGCUUCCAAAAUAAGGUCGUUGACCUCUCGUGUGUUGGACCAAAACUACUGAAUAGUGGAAAAUCGUGACUAGAACCGAAGCAGACAAAUCAUCCGAGGAAAAUCACCCGACUACGUAAUCACUCUCAUUGGUGUGAAGGGACGUUUAGAAAAAUGCCCGAAUUCGUGAUCGAAAAACGCAAUAUUCCAGUGCUGACGAUCGCUUCCAACAGUAGUGAUGCAAGUGGUUCCGGCAAUGGAAACGGAAGCGGUGAAAACUCCCUCGGUUUCCGGAUUACCGGUGGGGCCGAUUUCGAAAUGCCCAUAACGGUGUUUCAGGUCAGGGAGAACAGUCCGGCGGCCAAGGCGGGCCUCAAGCUGGGCGACCAGAUCGUCACGAUCAACGGGGCUGAUGCGUCCGCGAUGCGCCUCGCUACGGCCGAAUCCGUGAUCAAGCAGGCCGGCGAGCAGCUGCAGCUAGUGGUUGCCAAAGAUGACGAGGACGCAGCCAAGAACCCUGAUAAACUGAAAGAAACGCGCGAAAUCAAAUUCGCAAACGAGGACUUUAAUGCCGAUAACCCCUCCGCUCCCAAAAUGAAGGUGGACGAAGGACGUGCAUCCUUUUCGCCUUCGCCACGCUCGCAGACCCGAUCGGAAACUCGCAGCCCCAAGUACACCCCAGAAUGUCCAAUGUCGAUGGCUCGUUCGCCGUCGUGCGAAUCGUGCGAGUACACCAAUGCGGCGGUCGUCGAGGAACAACUGCGUCAGAUGCAGCAGCAACUGAACGAAAUCAGCAUCAUACCGAUGCAGAUCCAGGCCACACUCAGCUAUCUAACGAAGACUUUGGCCAAGUUUGCGCCGCCGGAGUUACAGCGUGAACUGCCCGUUUCUUUGCGAAGUAGCUCAGUUCGCGAAACAAUUCCAGAAGAAAGCGAAUCCAUGGACGAAUACGAGCAGGACAAGGACUUGGAGUACUACGAGAACGAUGAAGAAUAUCUGGCACCAUUUCUGGAGAGGCUAUUUGAUGAAUCGGAAGUGCUUGAAGAGAUCUCGCCGAGAGAGUUGGGUGAUGAUGUCGAUCGGCGCGAGAAUGGUCCCGAUCAGGAAGAAGAAAUCACCGAAGAAGAGCGACUGAAACAGGAAAAGUUUGAGCGCGUUAGUAAACUUGAGCAAUCGUGGCCGUGGAGUCAGACGGCAAAACCGAUACAUAAGAGAUCAAACUGCCAUCUGGUGCCUAGUGUUGCGUUGGAAAAGUCCAAGAUCAAACAGCUAACCGAAGAAGUUUUGCCAUUUUAUAACCGUGGCUACCGUCAGAGAAUUGGAAACUGAGGAAGAUCGCCAUGGCGCAUCUAGUGUGUUUAUAACUUUUAUACUUAUUUUUGAGUUCUUUUGUAACUAGUUCGUUAGACCUGAGCUAGAGGAGGCAGUUUCGGAUGAAGUCACGGAAUCGUGUAGCAAAAUGGCUCUGCUGUUCGCUCUGGCCAACCCACUCCAGCAGCAUGUCCUAUGCAGUGGAAAACUUAGUUUUGUGCGUACUACAAUUCUAUUCGUGUAUAUUUUUCGGGUUAUCAAAGGAUAAACAUCAAUUCACUUUUAAUCGUGUUAUAAUUAUGUUUCUCAGUUUAGUAAAAGAACAAUAAACCAUAUCUUCCCAAAUAGGGUCUUCUUUGAUCUUCAUUGAA